AAGGAAAUCAAAUGGACGCCAAAAAGCUGAUUUACAAUUUGCUUUGUUUCUUACUUGUUUUGUGUAGCUUCAUUUAUCCAUGUCUCUCCGAGCUUUGCCAUCCCCAAGACAAGAAAGCUCUUCUCCAAAUCAAGAAAGGCUUCAACAAUCCUCAUGUCUUCUCCACUUGGGACCCAAACACCGACUGCUGCCUCCACUGGAGAGGUGUCCACUGCGACGAAAAGAACAACCGGAUCGAAACCCUCGAAAAAUACUUCGGCGGCGGCGAUCUCGCCGGUCCAAUCCCUCCCGAAAUUGGCGAUCUUCCUUACCUCCGGACCCUCUGGUGGCACAAGCAACCCAACUUGACGGGACCGAUCCCACAAUCCAUCACUAAGCUUAAGAGGCUCCGUUACCUCGUCAUCACCUGGGCCAACCUCUCCGGUCCCAUCCCAGACUUUCUCAGCGAGAUCAAAAGCCUCGUAUCUAUCGAAUUCUCAUUCAACAACCUAACCGGACAGAUCCCGAGCUCCCUUUCUAGGUUACCGAACCUAACCGGCCUUGUUUUGGACCGGAACAAGCUCACCGGACCAAUCCCCGACUCGUUCGGAGAAUUUCAAGGUUCCCAUUUUUACCUUAAACUGUCCCACAACCAGCUCUCGUGGAAAAUACCGGCCUCCUUGGGGAACAAGGAUUUCAACUACGUCGACUUGUCGUGGAACAAGCUCGAAGGCGGGGCCGCGGUGUUGUUCGGGCUUAACAAGACAACGCAGGUGGUGGACCUGUCGAGGAACGUGUUGGAGUUCGACAUGUCCGACGUUGAGUUUCCGAAGAGCUUGGUUUCGUUGGAUAUGAACCACAAUAGGAUAACGGGGAGCCUUCCGGUGGGGAUGACCGCACUGGAUAAUUUGAGGGGUUUCAACGUGAGUUACAACAGGUUGUGUGGUGAGAUUCCGGUGGGUGGGAAUUUGCAGAGCUUUGAUUACACAGCUUAUUUCCACAACAGAUGCUUGUGCGGUGCUCCAUUAGAGAGAUCGUGUAAAUAGUGGAAGGGUUUGUUUGGGGUGGUUUAAAUUUUCUCUAUUAUAUAAUGCUUCAGAAUUACAAAUUGAUGAUAUAUGUACGCUUAUUAAUUUUUUGAGGAGCAGUACUAGCACCUCAUAUGUUUUUGUUUUUGUUUUUUUUUGUUUUUUGAUUUUUGUUAUUGUAAUAAUGGGUGACAUUCAC